CUCAGCUGUGGACUAUGUAAGAAACAAAUUGUGAGAACACAAGUAUACUAUAGUGUGAGUUGCUAGCGCCCUUGCGUUUUGUUUCGAUACGACGUGGAUGCUUGAAGUCUAUGACAUCACACGCUGUGUAGGAAGACAUACACUGGGAUGUGUGACUCUGCAAUGAAGAUCUGGAACUUACUGGUCUGUGUGUGGAUAGGCGUUAUCCGUGGAGCUCUGCUAGAUAAUGUUGAACUUGUACUGACGAGCUCACCACCAACAGCAACAGACGGAGAAAGUUUCACCUUGAUUUGUAGCCCCCCGUUUGGUUCUGCAGGAAACGUAGCAUGGUUGCAGAACAAUGCAUCAAAGGUCAUUACGCAAUUCAGCAUGAAUUGCUCUAAGCAACCAAACUCUGCGGGGAAUAACAUCGACCGUUUCAGUGUGAGCUGCAAUGACACGAUCCACAGUAUAGAGUUUAGAUUCAACUCCACUACAGACCAGGGAGGAUGGCAGUGCGGGAAGCUUGUAAACAAGACCUACAUAUACCCGAGAAGCAACAUUUAUAAUAUAGGUGUUGCAAGUUCAACAACGACCCGGUAUGUGGGGACCUCAUCUGAACCUGUGGCAAUGACGUCACAGAAAGGUGUUGCAAGUCCUGUCACGUCAACUCAGUCUUCACCAACAACUACCCGGUAUAUGGAGACUAUGUCCGAAUCCGAGACAGUGACACCACAGAAAGCUGAAUUGGUACUGACGAGCUCACCAGUUACAGCAACAGACGGAGAAAACCUCACCUUGAUCUGUAGCGACUCUUCUGGCUCUGUAGUAAACAUAGCAUGGUUGCAGAACAAUACACCAAAGGUCAUUACGCAAAUGAGCAACAAUUGUACUAAGCAACCACCCCCUAUGGGGAAUAAUAACAUCAACCGUUUCAGUGUGAGCUGCAAUGACACGGUCCACAGUAUAGAGUUUAGGUUCAACUCCACUACAGACCAGGGAGGAUGGCAGUGCGGGAAGCUUGUAAACGACAACUACAUAUACCCGAGAAGCAACAUUCAUAGUGUAGGAGUUGCAAGUCCUGUCACGUCAACUCAGUCUUCAACAACAACGACCCGGUAUAUGGAGACUACGUCCGAACCUGGGACAGUGACACCACAUAAAAGUGUUGCAAGUCCUGUCACGUCAACUCAGUCUUCAUCAACAACGACCCGGUAUAUGGAGACUACGUCCGAACCUGAGGCAAUGACUUCACAGAAAGUAGUUUCAAGUUCUGUCACGUCAACUCAGUCUUCACCAACAACGACCCGGUAUAUGGAGACUACGUCCGAACCUGGGACAGUGACACCACAGAAAGGUGUUGCAAGUCCUGUCACGUCAACUCAGUCUUCAUCAACAACGACCCGGUAUAUGGAGACAACGUCCAAACCAGGGACAGUGACACCACAGAAUGUCUCUACAGAUGACGGUGAUACAGACACCAUCUACAUCGUGGUUGGUGCUGUAGGUGGAGCUGUUCUGCUUGUCGUCGUUGUCGUCGGCAUCGUGUGUAUCCGACGGAGAAGACAAGCAGCACGGGCAGUGUUUGUACUGAAAUAUCAGAAGGAAGAUAUGAAAGGAGAAACGAACGUUACGGCCGCUCAAGUUGAUCCAAACGCGGCAAAUUGCGACAUGGUCGAAAAUGAGUUGUAUAGACGGUCACGUGAUAUCGCCCCUACCAACGAAGCUGAAAAUCAGGAGAGGAUGACUUCAUUAUGUCAGAUGCAUACGCGAGUGUGGAUAUGCUAGCUACGAGCACGUGCACACCACGUGAGCAGGGUGCGUCAUGUGACGUCGACGUAGACAACCUGUAUGCUAAACCUGAUAAAAGCAGGUCUUCAAAUGUUC